UUUUUCCCAGGGUGCACGACGGCCGCCGGCAUUCCGGUUUUUGGACUCGCGGUCACGUGGCGGUUGCCAGGGGUCACGGCCACGCUAUGGAGGCCGUGGUGCUGCUCGUGCGCCGAGCCGCGGUGCGUGCCGCGGCGCUGCUGUCCCGGCGGAGCGGCGCGGCGUGCACGGCGCUGGCGCUCCUCACGCUGCUCGCCUGCGCUGCCAAGGAGCUGGCACCGCUCCCCGAGUUCUACUUCGCCCACAAGCGAAACUUCGUCAACGUGUUCUUCGUGAAGCGUGCGUGGGGCUGGAUGCUGCUGCCGCUCGUGCCGCUGGUGGCCGUCACGGCCGGCGGCGUGGGGGGGGCCCCCCAAAGGGGGGGCCUCGGGCCCCACGCGGCUCGGCUCCUCGUGGCCACCGCCGUUUGGUUCGUGGCCACGGAAACCUUCGGGCACCUCGACCGGAUCACGGGGAGCUGCGACACCGGGCUCGCCACCGCCGCCACCACCGCCACCACCGCCGCCGCCGCCGCCGCCACCGCCGCCACCACCACCACCGCCGCCGCACCGCCGGCGCCGCUGGCGGCCGGCGACCGCCGUGAGUGCCAGCGUCUGGGCGGCAGCUGGAGCGGCGUGGACAUCUCUGGCCACGCGUUCCUCCUCACCUACUGCCUCCUGCUGGGCGUGGAGGAGCUGCGCGGGGCCUUAGCCUUCACGGAGCGGCAGCGCGCCCACGGCGAUGGCGGGGGUCGUCGUCGCGGCGACGGCGGGGGUCGUCGUCAGGACGACGGGAGUCGUUGUCAGGACGACGGGGGUCGUCGUCAGGACGACCGGGGUCGUCGUCAGGACGACGGCGGUCGUCGGGACGACGGCGGUCGUCAGGACGACGGGGGUCGUCAAGAUGAUGGGGGUCGUCGUCAGGACGACGGGGGUCGUUGUCAGGACGACGACGGUCGUCGGGACGACGGCGGUCGUCAGGACGACGGCGGUCGUCAGGACGACGGGGGUCGUCGUCAGGACGACGGGGGUCGUCGCCCGGCGGCGGGCGACGGCUGGCCGACCGUGGUGGUGGAGGCGCUGUGCUUGCCGGCGCUGCUGGCGCUGAUGGCGCUGUGGGCGGCGGCGCUGGCGGGCACCUGCCUCUACCACCACGAGGCGUGGCACAAGGUGGCCGGAGCCGCCGUGGCGUACGCGGCCUGGCACGCCACCUACCGGCGCUGGUACCGGGGCUCGGGGUGGGUGGCGCCGCCCGGAGGUGGGGAUGGGGCGCAGAGAGACUCGUAG